AUGGUUGAAGUCAUGGAAAAGUGGCAGAGACCAAAACUCGCGCACAAGCAUGAUCAUUUCCUUUUGGUGCUUGACUUUUUGCGCCACUUCUUUCUAAAUGCCUGCGAACCAUCUACGGAAAUUCAACAGUACGCCUGUAGACAGAGCGGGAAGAAGGAGAAAUUUGACUAUCUUAAGGACCUCCCGAAAGGAUUAGUCGAUUUCUUAAUAAGUUUCAUCCUUGACGCCCUUGGCCUACACCGCGACCAACUUCUGCGGACGCCAGAUGAGCAUAAACGGAAUCCAAAUAAACUGAAGAUAGCCUUGUUUGAAAAGCAGGGGAAAUUUAUCAACGAAAAGGCAUUCAAGAAAGAUGUGAAAGAAUCCAUUAUAGAUGACUAA